GGACCCACGAAGCGGCCGGAGCCGAGUCGGCCUCCAUGGAGCUUCCGCGGCUCCUGACUCCGCCGCAGUCGACCGCCUGGGGCUGGGGAGGGUCUGUGGAGGCUGCGCGCGAAACUGGGCUCCGCCUCGGGACCCGACAGCAAGCCUGAGGAGGGCCGAAGGCUCCGGGGCGGCCGAAGCAGCGGCGCCGAAGCGCUCUCCUUGCCGAGCCGCAGGCUGUCCUGGAAGCGGCGGCGGCGGCACCGCUCGCCUUCUCUGUCUCUCUCUGCCCCUCGGGUGGAGCGGCGACGCUGAGUGAUUGCUUCCCCCCCCGAGACUGUCGGCCGCUCCUUCUCCGCGGCCGCCCCCGGAGAUACGAAGCCCCGCCGGAUCGAGCGACCGCCGCCACCUGCGCUUCUCUGCCUACCUUCAUCCAUCUCCUUGGCAGAAAGCGAAGCCCCAGGAGGCGAGCGGGCAGGCCCAGAGCUGCCCCUCUCUUCGGGAAUCGAGUGACGGACUGCUCGGCCUCUGGAGCCCCAUCCUCUGCUUUUAAAGCAUUUGGAUCCCAGUGCCCCCCCUUCCUCGUCUCCUUCGAAUAAGCUGUUGUGUGUCGUCUUCCUUGCAGCUGCUGUAGAGCUUAGGUUAUUAUCCCGGCUUCUUCGUUCGGAUUCGUUUCCACCUUUUAAAACCCGAUAAUAUAUUUUUUUUAAUCUCCUUUCCCCCACCAUCCAUAUCAUUUUAAGCUUCCUCCAGUGGCUGAAUGUAUGGAAAGGACUAGGCACCCAGGGUGGCACUCUUGCUUCUUGUAGCGAUUCUAAUUCCUUUUUAUUGUGAUAUGGAAUAACAUGCAUUUAUGCACACAAUAAUCUUUUGUUCAAGAGACGUUUUGAAGAUAAAAUUUACAUUUUUUUAGGGCUGAAAAUGUUCCUAAAGUGGGUUUUGCCUUAUUGGAGCUAUUUAUCCUCUGUUCCCAUUUUCGUCCUGUUUAAUUGUUACACUCUUCCAGCUAGUGCAGAUAAUGCUAGUCAAGCAUAUUAUACAGCCCUCAUAAAUGUGACUGUACUGAGUCCUGAUCGUUCAACACCUACUUUGCUGAUACUUGAGCGUGGGCGCUAUGGACAAGAUUCUCCCAAAGUAGCUGUCAGAGGCCAACUUUUGGCACCUCUGCCAAUCAAUGGAGUUUCAGAUCGUUUAGGCUGUGAUCCACGAACUCGGUUUCCAGUUCCUACAAACAAGCAGUGGGUUGCCCUACUGCAGCGAGGAAAUUGCACCUUUAAACAAAAAAUCCUGCGGGCAGCUUUACAUAAUGCUUCAGCUGUGGUAAUUUACAAUAAUAUGUCAAGUGAGGAGCCUGUCACCAUGACUCAUCCAGGAACUGGAGACAUUGUCACUGUCAUGAUCACAGAAUUGAAGGUUAAGGAGAUUCUGAAUUACUUGGAGAAAAAUAUGUCUGUCAUUAUUGCAAUAGCAGUUGGAACCCGCUAUCCAAACAAAAACUUUAGCCGUGGUUCUCUUGUCUUUGUAUCAAUAUCGUUCAUAGUUUUGAUGAUAAUUUCUUCAGCAUGGUUAAUAUUUUACUUCAUCCAGAAGAUCAGAUAUACAAGUGCACGUGAUCGGAACCAGCGUCGACUUGGAGAUGCAGCAAAAAAAGCUGUUGGUAAAUUGACAACAAGAACAGUGAAGAAAGGGGAUAAGGAAACGGAUCCAGACUUCGAUCAUUGUGCUGUUUGCAUUGAAAGUUACAAGCAGAAUGAUGUUGUCCGCAUUCUUCCAUGCAAACAUGUUUUCCACAAAACCUGUGUGGAUCCAUGGCUCAGUGAACACUGCACUUGUCCUAUGUGUAAACUGAACAUUUUGAAGGCUCUGGGAAUUGUGACAAAUGUGCCAUGUGCUGACAAUAUGGCCUUUGACAUGGAAAGGCUCACCAGAGGCCAACUAGGCAACAGGAGAUCAGUUCUUGGUGACCUUACCAGUGACACCUCACUCACUCUUGAGCCCCUGCGUACUUCUGGAAUAUCACAGUUUCCACAGGAUGGGGAGCUGACUCCAAGAACAGGAGAGAUCAAUAUUGCUGUAACUAGUGGCCACUUCUUUCACCGUAAUUCCCUCUCUCCUCGGAGCCUGGUUUAUGAGAAUGACUUCUCUUCCAUUGAGCCUGUCUUGGACAUGUAUGAUGAGAACAAGACCUGAAGGGGAUCUGCAUUCUUCUUGCUUUGCUCUCUUUCCCCUUUCCUUUUCCGUUUCUCAUUCCUAUUGUUGUGUACUCCUUCCAUGGGUGUCCUUUGUCUGAAGAAGAGCUGCCUUUUCCAGAACAUGUGCCUGGCUGCCAGGCUGCAAAGGUGAAGCUCAGCUGAGGCAAUAUCCAAGGAUGACAUCUGUAAACGGAUGAAGUGUGUGCACAAAGUCGGCUGUUGGAGGUUGCCGAGUGACCAAGUUGUCAUUAGCAGUGCCAGCGGGAUGGUGUUGGUAUGCUAGAGGUUUUGCCCUACUCUCAGUUUUAAUUUUGUACAACAGUCACCUCUCGAGUAGGCACAUGAUAUUUCUCUUCUUUUUUUAAAAAAAAAAGUUGCAGUGUUUGCCAGCUUAGUUGCCUGAUGGAGGAGGUGGUAGGCUACAUGCCCAAAGCGCUCCAGUUAUUCUUCAUUCUAACCUUGAUCUUACACUGAACAUCCCCAUUCCAAAGGGAUCUAUGAGAAAUGUAUUAAUGUUCCAGCUUUCCAUUUAACAAGCUGAUGGCAGAACAAGCCAAUGUUACAGCAGCAUUACAGCCUGCAAUAUUCGUACAGGAUUUUUCAGGGGUGGGGGAUGAGGGUUCCUACUUCAUUGCUGCGGUUAAAUAUGAACAAAAGCUGCUUAGAAAGAAUGCAAAAAAACAAACAAAAACAGCCAUUUUUACAGCCUUCCUGCUGAAGGAAUCUCAGACUGAUGCUGCUGCUGAAAUUUAUAAAACCAAUAUUUGAUCUUUAGAUGAUUAAGACUUCUUAAGAAGAACCCAGGAAUCAGAAAUAGGUUAUUGCUUGUUUUUUUAAAAGGUGUGUACUUUUUCACUCUGAUUUUUAAAAAGCCACUUACGUUGGUGUUACAUACUGAAAGAACUGGAAGCAUCCUUCAUACAUUUUUACCUGAGAUAACUAAUCAUAAAGCAACAAACACUUUUCUGAAGCUACACCUGUUCCAGAGGACAUCAACAGUAUGAAUCCAGUAUGGAGGAAAUGCAGUUGCUACUUUGACAUCCAGGAGUAAAUCCAUAUUUACUAGAAUGGGACAGUGGCUGUAGGAAAUAAACUUUCCAACUGAUGCAAAAAUGGACAGCUAAAAGAACAAAGACUAUAGGGUGUGUGUUUUUUUAAGUAGUUGGCAGUGUUGCUUAAGCAAAAAAUAGCAAUUCGGAACAAAAUUAUGCGAUGGUGCAUCUAAAGUAGCUUUUCCUACUCUGGGUGCUGCAUAAAAUGUAACAAUUGAGAAUAGUCGUUCCCCCCCAUUGCAAAUCUGAGCUGCUGUAGAGAUAGAAGUGGUAUGCUUGUAGUUUGGACACUUAAUGCUCUUAUGAAUCUUGAUUGUUGAAGAAAUUGAAAACCAAAAGAAAAGGUAAGGAAUGUUGCGUGGGUGUCUCGUUCCAUUCAGGCAGCUUACAGAUGAAAAAUGUCUUGUUUUUCUCCUGCAGAAAGCGGGCUUUCACAAGAUCUCUCCUGCCCUGAAAUGUUGUGAUGCUGAAAGUUUUAUGCAAAGACUUGAAAUUAGCUCUGUGAAGCUAAGUGUUUCUUCGUUAGCAGGAAUGCCCUUUCUGUGUUGCUGAGAUGGCCAUAUUGUGUGUCUGAUCAUUCUUAACUGGGUGAUACAGAGCUUAGGGACUUAGCACUGGCAACCGUUUUGUUUGUUAUAUGUGCCAGGUAAGUUUUAAUGUACUCCACUGAACUGUAAGAGAUUCUUUACAAAAUCUAUUUAAAAGCACAGUCUUGAAGUAUUGUGAAUGAAAGUUUGAUGAUUUAGUGGAGAAGAUCAGUAAUACUGAUCACAUGAUUACAAUGAUAUUAUUUAAAUG